UGUGCGACGACACUAGUAAAUUCCUAUCUUGAGUUUUUUUCUCUUGCGGUGAGUAAAAUGUACAGUAUAAACUGAUUUGGUUUUUAAGUACCCGGAAAUUUUUUAAGCGGAAUUGUGCCGCGUGGUAUUUUAAUUGUAAUAAAAGAAAAGUGUGAGUCAAUCUCAAUGACAAGAUGAGAUCUCAGUGUUGACAAGUGCGCGAUUAUUAAAACAUUAUUGAGAUAGACAAUUAUUUGCGCACAAUGUCUUUGGUAGUGUCGAAGCCAUGCCGCGAAGACGAUGAAUCAAGGCAUGCCAGGGUUAAUGAUUGGAAAAUUCCCCUGGCAUUCAAUAAAUUGAGGCACACUGUAUCAAUUGAGGGGAGUAAUUCCAUGCCCCAAGGAUGGAGAAUGAAAGAAAGGAUGAAAACUGUAAGCGUCGCCCUGGUGCUUUGUUUAAAUGUGGGCGUCGACCCUCCGGAUAUUGUCAAGACACAACCCUGCGCUCGUCUCGAAUGCUGGAUCGAUCCACUUUCGAUGAGUCCUCAGAAGGCAUUGGAAAUGAUUGGAUCGAAUUUGCAAAAGCAGUACGAACGAUGGCAGCCUCGUGCGAGAUAUAAACAAAGUCUUGAUCCAACAAUAGAGGAAGUGAAAAAAUUAUGCACCUCUUUACGUAGAAAUGCCAAAGAAGAGAGGGUUCUCUUUCAUUACAAUGGUCAUGGAGUUCCAAAACCCACAACAAAUGGAGAAAUCUGGGUUUUUAACAGGACCUACACUCAAUACAUUCCACUCUCGGUUUAUGAUUUACAAACGUGGAUGGGUGCUCCGAGUAUUUAUGUAUAUGAUUGUUCGAAUGCCGGAAUAAUUGUUGAUUCAUUUUUGCAAUUUGCCGAACAACACGAAAAAGAAUUUGAGAUGGAGAAACAAGCUGCACAACAAAAUCGUAGCGCAGUUACGCCAAAUGUCACACCGCCUAAUUAUAAAAAUUGCAUUCAAUUAGCUGCGUGUGCUGCAAAUCAGAUUUUACCAAUGAAUCCCGAUUUACCCGCGGAUAUUUUUACGGCUUGUCUUACAACGCCGAUAAAAAUUGCCCUAAGAUGGUUCAUAGCACAAAGUACCGCGAAAUUAAUACCUAAAAUUACUCUCGAUCUUAUUGAAAAAAUUCCUGGACAGUUAUCUGACAGAAGGACAAUGCUCGGUGAAUUAAAUUGGAUUUUCACGGCAAUUACGGAUACAAUAGCUUGGAAUACUCUACCUCGAGAAUUGUUUCAGAAACUAUUUAGACAAGAUUUACUAGUUGCUAGCUUAUUUAGGAAUUUUCUAUUAGCCGAAAGAAUUCUGCGCUCAUACGAUUGUACUCCAGUUUCGUGCCCGAAAUUACCGCCCACAUUUCAGCAUCAAAUGUGGCUAGCUUGGGAUUUGGCACUCGAUCUGUGUCUAUCGCAGCUUCCUGGAAUUUUAGAAUCGAACAAACCAUUUGUUCAUUCACCAUUUUUUGAGGAUCAAUUGACGGCUUUUCAAGUGUGGCUUACAAUUGGAUCAAAACAUCGUAAUCCACCUGAACAAUUACCGAUAGUGUUGCAAGUCUUACUAAGUCAAGUUCAUAGACUAAGAGCUCUAGAACUUUUAGGGAAAUUUCUUGAUCUUGGCCCCUGGGCUGUUAAUCUCGCCUUAAGUGUCGGCAUAUUUCCAUAUGUGCUGAAACUAUUGCAGAGUAAUGCCAAGGAGCUGAGACCACUUCUUGUAUUUAUAUGGGCAAAAAUACUUGCCGUUGACAAUACAUGCCAAGCAGAUUUGUUGCGUGACAAUGGUCACAAAUAUUUCCUUUCUGUUCUUCAAGAUACCUCUGUGCCUAGUGAACAUAGAACGUUAGCUGCUUUUGUACUCACUUGCAUUGUGAAUAAUUAUAUGCCAGGACAGGAAGCUGCUUUGCAAGGGAGUUUAGUUUCCAUUUGUCUGGAACAAUUAAGUGAUUCGAAUCCUUUACUUAGACAGUGGUUAGCUUUGUGUCUAGGAAGGCUGUGGCAUAAUUACGAUAAAGCUCGAUGGUGCGGAGUUCGAGACAUUGCACACGAGAAGCUUUACACUUUACUUCAAGACCCAAUUCCAGAGGUUCGCGCAGCUAGUGUUUACGCAUUAGGAACAUUUAUUAACAGUGUAACAAAGAGAAGUGAACAUGCGAAUAAUAUUGACCAAAUAAUUGCAAUGACGCUAAUUAAUACAGUAACGUAUGACAUGUCUCCUCUAGUCAGAAAGGAAUUAGUCGUAGCUUUACAAUGGAUGGUAUUGCAUUUUGAAAAUUUAUUUGUCACGCUUGCCAUCGCCGAAGACAAUAGAGGAAAAGAUCUCGUUGUUGAGACAUUCUCUCCAAUCAGUGGAAUGAGGAGAAUUAAUUCAAAAGACAGAUUAAAAAGUGUAUUUACUCCUAAUAGCGCGUCUAUUGAUACGCCCGAUGGUUUUAAUCAGGAUCGAAUUAAACGUGUCUCUUCUGUAUCAUCAAUUAGCAGUCUGGGAAAUAAUUGGGAGUUCGUGAGGAAACCUUGCGAAUCAAUCGGUCAUAGUUCGUUGGGAAGUUUACCAAGUUUGGCGUACGGUGGUGUAUAUAUGAAAUUGUGGCACGGUUUGUGUGGUCUUGACAAUGAUCCUCAUCCAGCUGUCGCUGCCAUGUCACAAAAAGUCACGAAUCAUAUUCGUGCUCAGGUGAAAGAAUCAUCGAAUGCGAAAGAAAUGAUGGAAGCUGCUAAGAUAUCGUCUUCAUUAUCUCUUCCUCCAUCGCCGUCGAAUAGAACAAAUUAUUUCAGCAACAGCAAAGGCGAAUCACCUCCAAAUGUUAAUUCUGAUCUCACUCGAUCACGUAUUCCGCCUCAUGCAAAUCGACCUAGAAAACCAGUGCCCAAUACGAUUUCGGAAGAAACCGAAGAACCACCGAUAAAAAAUCCAUUGAUAACUUCUCAAUUUUUGGAAUGGAGUUGCGCCCACUUUGCUCAACCUGUCAAUUUGGAAAGUGAAACUGAUCCUCUGUAUGAUGUUGAAAGCAAAGCGCAUCAAGAACGAGAAUGGCGGUAUUUACGAAAUCGCAAACAACGGAAUGAUGCAAAGGAGGAAUUUUCCAAAAUAGCACACGGAAGACUUGAGUCACAAGUAUUUCACGUACGAAGUCCUCAACCACCUGAUCUUCUAGUUUUUCAUCCCUUUGAUUCACAUCUGGCAGUCGCAUGCAAAGAUUAUGUCGGAGUUUGGGAUUGGAAUACGGGAUCGAAAUACAUGUAUCAUCCGAUGCCACCAAGUAAGGGAAGCAAAACAUCACGUGUAACAGCGUUGGAAUUUAUAAAUUCACACGACAUUGCUUUAUUGAUGGCGGGUUCGGAUGACGGUACGAUUAGAAUGUGGAAGAAUUAUUUUACCUACAAUAUGCUGGGACGAGAGCCAACUCUUUUGACUGCAUGGCAUGGAUUGGCAGAUGCACAAUUGGCCAACAAAGGACCUCCAGCAGCGAAAGGUCUUAUCACUAAUUGGGAACAACAAUCUUUAACUUUGGCUGUUACGGGCGAAGUAAAAAUUGUUAGACUGUGGGAUGCAAAUACAGAAUUGAAAAAGCAGGAUAUCACAACUGGUGCAGAUUCUUGCGUUACGUGUAUAGACACCGACAACACAGGAGCAAUGAUGGCCAUUGGUUGCGGUGACGGUUCCGUAAGACUCUUCGAUCGUCGACUGCCGAGUUCAGAAGCCAGAGUCAUGACCUGGAGAGAGCAUAAUUCCUGGGUGCUAGGGACAUUUUUCAGAAAAAGUAAAGGUCCUCCUCAAUCACUUGUCACAGCAUCUUCGUCAGGCGAUGUGAGAUUUUUCGAUCUCAGAAAAAAUUCAUCAAUUAAGACAAUUCCAGUUGCACAAAAUAUUACAACUUUUGCUGUUCACGAUGCCGCUGACAUUUUCGCCAAUGGCGCAGCAAAUCAAUGCAUUAAUAUUUACAACUUAUCUGGUCAGCAUUUAAAUUCAAUCAAGUUCCACGAGGGCUUUAUGGGUACACGAAUUGUUUCCGUCAAUUGUUUAAAAUUCCAUCCACAUCGCGUUAUUCUCGCUACGGGUUGCGCUGAUAACAAUUCGAUAACCGUGUACGCCUCCGAACCACGAAGAUGACUAUCGGAAAUAGAAAUUAUAUAGAAUUACGCAAUUUGCUAAUACAACCGUUUAUCUUCACAGGUAUCGACUCAACUGUUGUCAUUAGGAUUUCGAUGAAAGGAAAAAAAAAUUGAUUAUUACAAAAAACAAAUUAAAUUCUUUUUUUUCCAUAGAAUUCUUUUUAAAGAAUUUUCUUUUCUUUGGAUUAAAAGAUUUAUUUCGAUUUUUUUGUAAAAAUCCUUGACUAGAAUCUCGAAAAACAAAAUAUCAGUAUAAUAUUCGUAUUUUUUAAUUAAUUAGGAAAUUCUUAAAAAAUUAAGAAUUUGUUUUUACUUUAAAGAAAGCUUGAAGGAUUUUCAUUGAAAAUAAAUGUUUUCCUGGUUGUUUAUAAUACUGUUCAAAGUAUUUAAAUUCAAUUUUAAUUGAAUUGUGCAAAAAUUAAAUUUUGGAAUUAUUUUCUAUAUAUUAAUAAAAUAUAAUUCCGUUAUUAUAGUAUUGAGUAUAGUUGUGAAAAACUAUAUACGGUUUAUUGAGUUGUGCCUGUGAAGAGAAAAAUUUGUUAUUGCACAAAGCUUUGCGCUUUUAUAAAUCGCGUCAAUCAAAAAUAAAAAAAAAACAAAAGAACGAUCUUUUUUUAGGUCGAUGUGAUAUUUUACAUGCACUGCAUUAUCGAAUAAUAAUUAUUAUUACUGUGUAAAAAAAACAAUUUGACAAAAAAAGAAUAUGUGCGUGUUCAAUGCGUAUUUGUGAAACGUUAUUCAUUGUUUGUGUACGUAUGUAAAUUAUAUAAUCGAAAAGUGUAAAUAACUGCAAACAAAUGCGUCAUAAAUAUUAAAUUGGUUAAUUUUCUAUAUGAUAAUCAUCAUGGUGCGCCUUGAUCCAAUGAUCAAUGUGUUAAUUCUUGUAAAUUGUUGAUGAUUCUCAUGAGAUUAGUAACCAAUUGAAAAAAAAUAAUUCGUCUUGUGAUAUACGAAUCAAGUGAAAAAAAAAAUUCACAGUAAAAGCGCUUUCAACAUUCAUAAUGCUUCAAUAUUUCAAAUAAAUUUGUUUAUUUCAAUAAACAAAAAGAAAGAGAUACAAAAUGUUUAGCAUUUAAAAAAGAGAAUUUUUAUAUUUUACUGACUUGAUAAAUUUCAAAUGAUUUAAAAAAUCAUUUCUUUUUCGAGAAAAUAUUUAACGACCGCACUAUAAUUUGACUUAUUUUUGUGAAGAAAAAAAAAUUUUUUGAAGCGCUUUUAACUUGACUAAGGAAUUAUCCUUUCUUAAUUGUAUAAAAAAUAAAAAGAAAAGAGGAUUCGUAAUUGGAAUGCUUUCGGCAAAAUUAUUUUUCUGAGACAGUUACAAGUUCUGUGAUAAUUAAUGAUUUAAAUUAUAUAUCGAAUACAUAGUUUUGUAACUUUUCUAUAAUUAUUCUUUUGCAAAUAUAUGUAUAAAAAAAAAUCUAUAUAAAUAUAUAGCUGGAAGCACGCCAAUAGAUAUUUAGAAUUAAAAUAAAAAAUUGACAUUAGAAUUUAGAGUUUGCUUAAGCUUAGGAUGUUUCAUACUCGCAUACAUAUAAUAUGUAUAAACAAACAUUUAUUGUAGAUAGUUAUACAGGGAUUAUUUAUAGAUUAAUAAAAAAAAGUGACGAAGUUGCAUAAUAUGUAUUUUUUUCGGCAAAAUAUCAAGUAGAAAACUAUGAAUUUUUGAAAAUGUAGAAUUCCAUAGGAUGUUAUUGUGUAGAAUGUACAGAAAACACUUUUUUUUAUAUAAAGUGUUAUUUCAAUUUAAACAAUAAGCGUUAAUUAUUCAUUAAAAAUUCAAAGUACACAAUCCGUAAGGGAUAUCUGUAGAGGGACACGAUAUUCCACGUCACACUGUACCGCCUUUGUACAUAGUUGCCUAAAAAAAAAAUAAUAAAAAAUAAGUACAAUCAUGUUA